GUGAGAUGGUAAUAUGUCAGACGCUACAAUAAAUAAACAAUUUAUUUUUAAUCUAGAUCUGUAAAUUAUUAUUGUUUAUAAAAAUAAAAAAUGAAUUUAGAACUACUAGAAUCAUUUGGACAAAAUUAUCCAGAGGAAUUCGAUGGAACACUUGAUUGUAUAUCACUUGCAGUAACAUGUACAUUUAAUAAAAGAGGGACAUUAUUAGCUGUUGGGUGCAAUGACGGUAGAAUUGUUAUAUGGGAUUUUUUAACUCGUGGUAUUGCUAAAAUAAUAAGUGCACAUGUACAUCCUGUUUGUUCACUGAGCUGGUCGAGAAAUGGGCAUAAAUUGCUGAGCGCGUCAACAGACAACAAUGUUUGUAUAUGGGAUGUAUUAUCCGGAGAAUGCGAUCAAAAAUAUCGUUUUCCAUCUCCGAUAUUGAAAGUACAAUUUCAUCCACGAAAUUCAAAUAAAUUUUUAGUCUGCCCAAUGCGACAUGCUGCCGUUAUGGUUGAUGUUGAAGGAACACAUCGAAUUAUUCCACUAGAUGAAGAUAGUGAUUUGAAUAUCGUCGCGUCUUUUGAUAGACGGGGUACUUAUGUAUACACAGGAAACGCCCGUGGGAGAAUUCUCGUACUUGAUUCCGAGUCAUUAGCUAUAAAAGCCUCUUAUAAAAUAUCACAGGGCACUGCUAGCAAUACCGCUGUUAAGAGUAUUGAAUUUGCACGACGCGGUUCUUGUUUUCUUGUCAAUACUUCUGAUCGUGUAAUACGUGUUUACGAUAGCACUGAAAUAUUAGCUUGUGGUAAAGACGGUGAGCCAGAACCGAUACAAAAAUUGCAAGAUUUAGUUAACAAAACAAUGUGGAAAAAAUGCUGUUUUUCGGGUGACGGUGAAUAUGUUUGUGCUGGUUCUGCGAGACAGCAUGCGCUAUAUAUUUGGGAAAAAAGUAUCGGCAAUUUAGUUAAAAUUUUACAUGGUACCAAAGGAGAACUCUUACUUGAUGUUGUGUGGCAUCCAGUCCGACCAAUAAUAGCAUCAAUUUCAUCUGGAGUUGUGUCUAUUUGGGCACAAAAUCAAGUUGAAAAUUGGUCAGCGUUUGCACCAGACUUUAAAGAAUUGGACGAAAAUGUCGAAUACGAAGAGAGAGAAAGCGAAUUUGAUUUGAGUGAUGAAGAUAAAUCUGUUGUACAGGGCGAGGAAGCUCAGGAUGAAGAAAUAGAAGUUGACGUAGCGGCUAUUGACAGAGUCGCCGCUUUUUGCAGCUCCGAUGAAGAAACAGAAGACGUUGGUACAUUACAAUUUUUGCCAAUUGCUCCAGAUGUUGAAGAACCUGAAGACCAAGCUGCUGCACAAGAGCCACCCAACAAAAAACAUCGAUCCCAUGAUAUCCACUUGCAAAAUGCCCCUGAGAACGAAACUCAUCCAUUGUUAAAUAAAGGCAAAGAUAAACCCACUGCUAAAAAAGGACGCCCGCGACUUGAACAUCGCAAGGGAAAAUAAUUUUAUU